AUGUAUUCACAUCCUAUUUCAGAACCACGUGAUACCUAUUGGAAUUCCACUCAAUUUUUGGCUUGGCUCUACAAUGAUAGUCCAGUGAAAGAUACUGUCAUCGAUAAACGCUCAUGGGCAUAUCGUCCUACUGCUAACAUUGAUGAUUAUAUGACGACUGAAGAAUUACUCAAAGAAGUAGUUACUACGAUCAGUACUGGAGGAAAUGCCUUGGUCAAUGUUGGUCCUAAUUUGCAUGGAAAGAUUGCACCAAUAUUUCAGGAGCGUCUUCGACAGAUGGGUUCAUGGUUGCAAGUGAAUGGUGAAGGAAUUUAUGCCACUAUACCAUGGAAGUAUCAAAAUGAUACGAUCAAUUCAGAUGUUUGGUAAGUCUGAUUAAACAGAGAAAUAUGAAGAUUUUUCUCGCUUUAGGUAUACAUCAUCAAAAGACGGCAAAUUCGUCUAUGCUUUUCUUCUCAUAUGGCCAAAGGAUAGCACCGAAAUUAUACUCGGUGCUCCAUUGAGCUCCUCGAGAACAGUUGUGACACUUCUGAGCUCAAGUGCUGAUCCUCUUCCAUGGCGCGUAGCUGGUGGAAAUCGUGGCAUUGUGAUCGAUGUGUCAAACAUCAAACUUCAUGCACUCCAAAGUGCUUGGAUCUGGGCAUUCAAACUGGAGAAUAUCAGUGCUUAAUAAGCAGCAAUCAAGAAAUCGAGGAGUAAUCAAUCUUGAUGAGUCCUUGAACACUAAUAAACUGUGAAUUAUCUUAUUGGAGGUGGUAGUAUAGUAGAGUUUUACUUAUGAAUGUGUUUUUUUGUUUGAAAUCGCUCUUAAAAAUAGGUUGGCUUUAUUCAUUUUGUGAUUCGGAUUGUUGGAUCUAAUGGAAGUUCC